UAUCACUCUAUCUCAACUCUCACCCUUUCUCUUUCCUAUCACCAUCCAUUCUUCUUGGAUUUUGUUUCUGAAAUCACUCCAUCUUCUGCUUGCUUGUGUAUGGUUCAUAAAUCUGUCCCAAAAAUCUUGGAGAUUUCUUCACAUUUCACCAGAUAAGGGAAAAUGAAGCUAAAAGAUGAUAAGCCCAUACGGCCAAAUGAUAAGAGUACGAAGGUUGUUCCGAUGGCGAUUAUGUUCGUUGUGUUAUGUGGGUUUUCGUUCUAUCUUGGCGGGAUCUUUUGUUCCGAGAAGAACGGAUUUGUUACUGAGGAAGUUGUGAAAUCAGUUGAAUCUUCCCAAAAGACUGUUUCUACUCCUGUCCAAGUGAAAUCCGUUUCGUUCCCACAAUGCAGCGCCGAUCUACAAGACUACACGCCCUGCACCGAUCCUCACAGAUGGAUGAAAUACGGACGACACAGGCUUACGUUCAUGGAACGUCACUGCCCAGCAGCGUUCGACAGGAAAGAGUGCCUGAUACCGCCACCGGAUGGCUACAAGGAGCCAAUCAGAUGGCCGAAGAGCAAAAACGAAUGUUGGUACAGGAACGUCCCAUAUGACUGGAUCAACAAACAGAAAUCUAACCAGCAUUGGUUGAGAAAAGAAGGGGAGAAAUUCUACUUCCCUGGUGGUGGCACCAUGUUUCCUAAUGGUGUUAGUGCUUAUGUUGAUCUGAUGCAAAAUUUGAUUCCUGGAAUGAAAGAUGGGACAGUUCGUACCGCCAUUGAUACUGGUUGUGGGGUUGCUAGUUGGGGAGGUGAUUUGCUCGAUCGUGGAAUUCUUACAGUUUCUCUUGCCCCAAGAGAUAACCAUGAGGCGCAAGUCCAGUUCGCUUUGGAACGUGGGAUUCCGGCCAUUCUUGGAAUCAUAUCAACACAACGUCUUCCAUUCCCUUCGAAUUCAUUCGAUAUGGCUCAUUGCUCCAGAUGCCUGAUCCCAUGGACGGAAUUCGGUGGAAUUUACCUUCUUGAAGUACACCGAAUCCUCCGACCCGGAGGCUUCUGGGUCCUGUCCGGUCCGCCCGUAAACUACGAGAAUCGGUGGAGAGGUUGGAACACGACGGUUGGAGAGCAAAAAUCCGAUUACGAGAAGUUACAAGAACUUCUAACUUCGAUGUGCUUCAAAUUGUACAACAAGAAAGACGAUAUAGCAGUGUGGCAAAAAUCCUCGGACAACAGCUGCUACAAAAAGCUCGAUACUCCUGACAACUACCCACCAAGAUGUGAUGACGGGACUGAGCCCGAUUCCGGAUGGUACACCCCGUUGAGACCUUGCGUCGUUGUCCCCGACCCCAAAAUCAAGAAAUUGAGCUUAAAAUCGAUUGCAAAAUGGCCCGAAAGAUUGAACGUGGCUCCAGAACGGAUUUCUGACGUUCGUGGCGGCAGCGACGGAGCGUUUAAACACGAUGAUAGCAAGUGGAAGAGCCGAGUGAAACACUACAAGAAGUUGCUUCCUGCUCUCGGAACCAAUAAGAUCCGAAAUGUGAUGGAUAUGAAUACGGCUUACGGAGGUUUUGCUGCGGCUUUGAUCAACGAUCCGCUUUGGGUCAUGAACGUUGUCUCCUCGUAUGCUCCCAAUACGCUUCCUGUUGUUUACGAUAGGGGACUUGUCGGGACUUUCCAAGAUUGGUGCGAGGCGUUUUCAACAUAUCCUCGAACGUAUGAUCUCCUUCAUGUCGACGGCCUCUUUACGACCGAAAGCCAUAGGUGUGAGAUGAAACACGUGCUACUAGAAAUGGACCGGAUCUUGAGACCAAACGGAUACGCAAUCAUUCGGGAAUCGAGCUACUUCGUAGACGCGAUCGCCACUAUAGCAAAAGGAAUGAAAUGGGGUUGUCAUAAAGAAGCCACCGAGUACGACAUCGAGACCGAAAAGGUUCUCAUCUGCCAGAAAAAACUCUGGUACUCGAAGCAAAGCUCGUAGCCGACCAAAAACAACCGAAUUAUUUUUGAAUACACGGGUUUAAGAUUUAACCGCAACAAGGUGUAUAAGAAACGUAAGUUUUUCGUUAUCUUGAUUCGCAAAAAUCAUUCGAUACGCAUAAUCAUUGAUGAAUAUCAAGAGAAAAUUUAGUUUUAUUUUAAAAUUUAUUUAAUUUUAAAAUUUUUGUAAGGUUGAGCAAGAAGUUGUACCAAGAAAUCUUUCUUUUUCUAUGUGUUUUGUUAUAAUUUGGUGUAACAAUUGUAAGCUCACAUUUUAUAUUAAGUAAUAUACAACUCUUAUAGCAUUAUUAU